AUGCUCUUCCAAUCCCUCAUCGCCUCCUUCCUCCUCGCCUCUGCCGCCAACGCAGCGGUCGCUAUCGGCUACCAGGACCGCCCCGACGGCAGCCGUCGCAACCUCGCAUGGCUCGUGGGCACCGACGCCUGUGCGGCCGAGUUCCUCUCGGUCGUCCCCGCCAGCCCGUGCGGACGCGUGUUCGCGACCGGAGGUUACACGGGACUCACGCUCGAGGGAUGCGGCGGGCCGCUCUGGCUCAACCAGAACGGCAACUUCAACGCCAACUGCAAGGCCGACAACUCGUACUCCAAGAUUUGCAACUCGGGUACCGUCCAGAAGACCUACCAGUGCUAG